CGGACUCUUGUUUGACGCCACACAGCAGCAGCAUGAUGCUCGCCUCCUCGACACGCCACCACCCCCUGCGUGCUGCGUCUAUAACGAGACGUUCCCUGUCGACUUCGGUGUCGAGAUGGGAGGAAAAGCCGGUUAUGAAUCGGUAUUCGAGGAUUAUUACGCAGCCGAAGGAUCAGGGCGCGAGUCAGGCCAUGCUGUUCGCGACGGAAGGCGUGGAUACGGUGGAGGACUUCAAUAAGGCUAUGGUUGGUGUUGCGAGUGUAUGGUAUGAAGGAAACCCAUGCAACCGCCACCUCCUCGCCCUCGGCCAGCGCAUCAAGUCCUCCCUCACAAAAUCCGACAUAAUAGGCUACCAAUUCGGCACCGUCGGCGUCAGCGACGGUAUCAGCAUGGGCACCCGCGGCAUGUCCUUCUCCCUCCAAUCCCGAGACCUCAUCGCGGAUCAGGUCGAGUCGGCCGCGGGGGGACAUUGGUUGGAUGGGAUGGUUGUGGUGCCGGGGUGUGAUAAGAAUAUGCCGGGCGUUUUGAUGGCGCUGGGACGGCUGAAUCGCCCGGGAUUGAUGGUAUACGGAGGAACGAUCCGGCCAGGCUCGUGCGAAGGCGCACCCCAGCUCGAUAUCGUCUCCGCUUUCCAAUCAUAUGGAAAAUACCUCCAGGACGGACAGACAGAGAGUGCCGAACUCGAACGAUCGCGCACUAUCCGGAAUUGUUGUCCUGGGCCUGGUGCUUGUGGUGGUAUGUACACCGCGAACACGAUUGCGAGCGCCGCUGAAGCUCUGGGCAUGAGUCUCCCCGGAGACUCAUCCUUCCCUGCUGAAUACCCCGAAAAACUAGACGAGUGCGAUUCCAUUGGUCCUGUCAUGCGCAACCUUCUCGAGAAAAACAUCCUUCCGCGGGAUAUCAUGACCCGUUCCGCUUUCGAAAACGCUAUGGUUCUGACGAUCAUCCUCGGCGGCUCGACGAAUGCCGUGCUGCACCUGAUCGCCGUCGCACAUUCGGUCGGUAUAGAAUUGACUAUUGAUGACUUCCAGAGCGUGUCGGACAGGGUGCCGUUCAUUGCGGAUUUGAAGCCGAGCGGGAAAUAUGUGUUUGAGGACGUUUAUAAGAUCGGUGGUAUUCCUAAGAUCCUGCAUUACCUGAUGAAGAAUAACCUCAUCGACGGUAAUGGCAUGACCGUGACCGGACAAACGAUGGGCGAGAACCUCGAGCGAUGGGUUCAUAAGCACGGCGAGCUGUCACUGACCAACCAAGAGGUGAUUCGGCCUCUGGAUAAACCUAUUAAGGAGACUGGACACAUUCGCAUCCUGAAAGGCAACCUCUCCCCGGGCGGCGCGGUCGCGAAGAUCACAGGAAAAGAGGGCCUCAGGUUCACGGGCAAGGCGCGCGCGUUCGAUUCGGAGGACGACUUUGUGCAUGCGGUCGAGAGCGGGUCUAUCAAGAAGGGAGAGAAGACGGUCGUUGUGCUGAGGUAUCUCGGCCCGAAGGGAGGUCCUGGCAUGCCGGAGAUGCUCAAGCCCACGAGUCUGAUCAUGGGCGCCGGUCUCGGUCACGACGUCGCCUGUCUCACGGACGGAAGGUUUAGCGGAGGCUCCCACGGUUUCGUAAUUGGCCACGUCGUCCCGGAGGCCCAGGUCGGAGGUCCGAUCGCGCUCGUCCAGGACGGGGAUAUCAUCAACAUCGACGCGGUGAAGAACACGCUGGACAUGGACGUUCCCGCGGAGGAACUCGAGAGGAGACGGAAGGCCUGGAAGGCGCCCCCGCUUAAGGUUAACCAGGGCACUUUGUAUAAGUAUACGAAGCUCGUGACGGAUGCGAGCCAUGGGUGUAUUACGGAUGCGUGAGUGCUGAGAGUUGGAGUUGGAGGGGAUUGAGCUUGAUUGGGUGAGUGGGAGCGCGGGUGGACGGGUGGACGGGCGCGCGGAUGCAUGGAUAGGCUCGGCGUAGAUCUUAAGGGGUAUUCUUAUCAUCCGUCGUGUUCAACCUUCAUGCUUCAUGCUCGGGGACGCACGUGGAGGAGGUCGUUCGUAGUCGCUGUAGGAGGGCGAGGGCCACAAAAAAAACUCUGUAAUAGAGUUGCACGGUACUCUAGACAUACAAUAUAGUGAAAUAGUGUUAGGCUACAGUGAGGCGAGGCUGACAAACGAGACGGACGGGCCCUGAUGCAUGAUGUGAUACAAGAAAAGUGUAGGUCGGAGACGAUAACUCCGUCACUUCGCUUCCAAACCUAUGUAUAUCGUUAAAACGUGGAUGCUCGACCCGCUCAUGGCCGACCGUUCUUCAUUUUCUUCUUCUUCUCCGCUUUGGGCAUCUUAUGUUUCCGCUUCUCUUUCUUCUCCGCUUUGACGGCUUUCUUUCUCUCCUUCUUCUCCUCUCGAUCUUCGUGUCGAUGGCCUCUAGGCCUCCGUUCUUCAAACGGCUUAGUCUCGUCCCCGUCCUCGCUCCCACUGUCCUCUUCCCCCUCUUCAUCUUCUUCCUCCCCACCCUCGCCUUCCGAAGAUUCCUCACUCUCGUCACUCCCGCCUGGAACGUCACCUCCAAACCUUACUCUCGACGUCUUUUUCUCCCCGUCCGGUCUCGAAUCCGAUGACGAAACGACAGCGGGAGCCGAAGACGAGGUGUCGACGAGCCCGAUACUGUCGGCGUAUAUGAGCUGCUUACCCUCUCCUCGCAAGACCGCAUCCACGUCUCGUUCAGGGUCAUAGACCUCGUUCAAGGAACGAGGGAUAUACGACUGCAUGAAAACGGAGUCUUCGUGUGCCUUGUUCGAGCCGGACGGCGGCACGUUCGAGGUCGCGGAAGCAGCGUCAGCACCCGUAGAUGUAGUCCCAGGUCCUAAUUCACCCUCGCCCGCGGGUGAUUCCGACAGCUCUUCAUUCAACCACUUCUUCAGCACGGUUGCAGGAUCCUCGUCCUGUUGCUGUUGUCCAGACCCCGACCCCAAUCGUUCGCUGAUGACGAACUCGAAGCAUCUCCGGAUCCCGAGACACCGCACGCCCAUCUUGCCAAAGAAGUCCUCGACGUUCUUGAUGUCACUCCGGAGGAAGUCGAAGGCGGAGGGGUGAUCGUGCUCGACGCUUUGCGAGACGUCGAUGAUGUACAAGUGGCCUUCGUGGUAGAGGAUGUUGUACUCCGAGAGGUCGGCGUGGACGAGUUUACAUUGGUGAAAGAGUUUGCGGACGUUGAGGACCAGUUCUUCGUACAAAGACGUGUAUUCUGACUGCUCGAUAUCGGCGUCUUUGAGCCGCGGUGAUGCCCAGCCCUCUUUGUCCCCCAGGAAGGUCAUGACCAGGACGUUCUCCCGAACCUCGAUUGGCUCAGGACAGGGAAUACCGGCGGUGAUCAGGCGUUUGAGGUUCCGCAUCUCUUUCUCUGCCCAAAGCCUGACCAUCUUGCGAGGGUUACGACGGCUGUAACCUCGUCUGAACCGAUAUUCGCCCGUAACGUAGCGGUCUCGAUCUUUGAAGACUAGGAUGGACGUCUUGUAUAUCUUGAGAGCUACGUGUGCCGACUCGGGUGUCAGGGCAUGGUAUACAUUAGCCUCUUUACCCGUGCUCACACAUCCAUUGACUUCAUGGAUCAACCCUCUUCCGAUCAUCUUGAACAGAAUGAUCCUCGUCCUCGGGUCCAACACCUGCUCAUUCGUCGCCCUGUCCGAUUUAUCCUUCUGAUUCGCAUACGAACUCGGUCCUUUCCUAUUCACACCCACACCCAUCUGGUACGGCUGCUCGAUCUUCGCCAGCCUCGAAGAAUAUUUCACAAGCGCCGCAAGCUGAUCGGUAGUCUUGUCAUGCUUCUGCGAAGUGACGGGGUUGGAGGAAGGCGCGAUUCGUGGUCGAUUGACCGCAGGAAGAGAAGCCACGGCGGAGGAAUGGUUCGUGGCGGACGUAGUUCCCUGUGCGUUGCCAGAAUGCACGGCCAGAUGUUGUUUCAGUCGAUUGUACUGCUUCGUAAAAUCUUUCUCCGCGAUCUCCCAGUCCUCGUCCUCGACUCUGUUGAACUCAUCCGAUCCCUCCUCGUCUUCCGUGUCCUCCACUUCAUCGGGACUCUCAUCUGACCACUCUAGGAUGGCUUCGUCGACGUAGCUGUGUCCGUCACGUAGGUUUGGCUGGACAGUAGGUUGAGAUGACGGAAGACCAGAGACUUCCUCAGGAGCAUCGUCAAAUUGGCCGUCCUCGAUAGUUAGCUCUGCAACUGGAGGCAUGGGCAUGACGGUAUUUUGAGCCUCUCCAAGAUAUAUCGAGCCCUUAUAGUCCUAGAAGGUGUCUAAUACAAAUUCAGAAUAGAGAAAGACGGGUA